AUGGGAGCAGAUACGGUCGUAGACGCAGAGAAAGUUGAGGACUUGCUCGAGGCUGCUAGAUACGAUGACAUUGAUGAUCUCAAAAGCUUGGCUUCUGAUGGUAUCUCUCUCGACUCCCGCGAUUCACAAGGCCGAACAGCGCUUCAUAUGGCGGCAGCGAAUGGACAUAUGACUAUAGUGGAGUAUCUUAUCAGUGAAGGAGUGGAUAUUAACGCUCUUAACGCGGAGAACAAUGCUCCUCUGCAUUGGGCAUGUUUGAAUGGCCGUGUCGAGGUGGUGAAGAGCUUGAUCUUGGCAGGAGCCAGUCUAAGCCUUUUGAAUCGGUACGAGCGGACUCCGAUGGAUGAAGCCAUUGGUGCAGAGAAGAUGGAGAUUAUCGAUGCUAUCAACACAACUGUUGCGCAAAUGGAACUUGCAAAUACCAGUGUGACCUGA